GGAUUGACCAAUCACAUCACAUUGUUUAUCAGCUCGUGCAGUAUCAAAAAAAUGGCGGGUACACAGCAAACAACGAAAAACACGAUUACCCUGAGAGGAUCGAGUGAAACUGUUGCAGAAUUCUUUUAUUAUGGAAUCAAUAACCUGUUAUACCAGAGAGGGAUCUAUCCAGCAGAGACCUUCACAAGAUGCGACAUGUACAAGUUACCCCUGCUGACAACCACGGAUGAGGAACUCAAGACCUACCUGACUUCAGUAAUGGAACAACUAAAAGAAUGGUUGAAUCAGCAGAUUGUACAGAAGGUGGUUGUGACAAUCUCCACUGAGGGAACCAAUGAGGUGCUGGAGAGAUGGCAGUUUGAUAUAGAGUGUGAUAAAUCCAUGACACACGACAGUAAGCCAAGGGAGAAGUCACAAUCAGAGAUUCACAAAGGAAUACAAGCAGUCAUCAAGCAAAUCACAGCUUCCGUCACAUUCCUGCCUCUCUUAGAAACAGCCUGUAAAUUCAACCUGCUCAUCUACACGGACAAGGACCUGAACACUCCAGAAAAAUGGGAGGAGUCUGGACCGUCGCUGAUCGAGCACUCUGAAGAGGUCAGGUUAAGGUCAUUCACAACGUCAAUCCACAAGGUCGAUGCUAUGGUGUCCUACAAACUCAUGGAUGGUAUAUAAAAGGAAAUAUAAUUAAAUGUUUUCUUGAAGUAGCUCAUUACAGAGCUCAUUACAGAGUUCUAUGUGCUCUGUCUGUAAACAAGGUUGAUGCUAUGGUGUCCUACAACUCACGGAUGGUAUAUAAAAGGAAAUAUAAUUAGAUGUUUUCUUGAAGUUCUUGAAGUAGCUGAUUUCCAGGGUUCCAUGUGCUCUGUCUGUGAAGGAUGAAAUGUAUGAUUCAUAAAACCUUAACAGAAAAGCAAACAUGUUAUGCCGCUGUUAACUUAGAGUGGUGAAACAUGAAGUAUGACAUCAUUUGCUGUUGGCUUAUACUAUUAUGUCAUGGGACACGGUACUAUGUGGUAGAAUACUGCACAAUGUAAUAAAGGGCAUUUUCUUUCUUCCUGCAUUUAUUUAAUAAAUCAAUGGUACAUCUAUUCUUGUCUAUUGCAUGAAUAAAUAAGGGGCUGCAGAAUUUGGAGGUGAAUUUGUUAUUAUUAUCAUUAUUGUGUAUUUGUCGUCACCUGAGCCUGGGAGGCGAAAAGCGAACUGAAUCACUGCAACCCUUGGGUCUCUCCUCCUGGAAUAACUGAUUGGGAUAGUGCAGGUGAACCACUACACAGGGUUUCCCCCUACUCUUUAAUAUACGGCUAGUGCAGUGGGUUCUCAACAUGCAAAGGUGGUGACUCUCCUCUACACGGGCCUCCAUUUGAACUAGUUAUUGAUUGAUCAUAUAACCCUGUUCUUUUUUGGUGCUUGCCUGUGUUUUCAGAGGCUGAAAUGAGUAAAGAUUUCUUUUAAAUGGGAUAAUGAAGGAUGUUUUAUGCACUAGAUAGCAAUCCAUCAUUAAUGCCCCUAGUUGUACCUCUCUACAAUUUUGAAGUGCCUAUUUUUGCCUUAACUUGCACUUAUUUCCAUGUCACUUGUAAAAGGAGCCUGUAUCAAUUUGUUCAUGUCCUGGUAUUAUGAAUCUCUGCUCUUAAAAAUUCAUCUUUUCCCUCUAAA